UACUAGCCAAAGCGAGUCAUACGGUUGCGCUUGGGCUGCUCGUCAGGCGUACCUUCAUCGCCACGCCAAAUUUCGCACGCGUCACCCAACCUUCGGCUGAUUAUAUGCCAUGACAGCUGCCUCUUCGCUGGCUUGUUUCACAAUAGAGGCUACUAUGGCUGAGGACAAAAUGGAAAUGGCGUCUCCCUAUCAGGGAAACGUCGACGAUUUUGAUAUCGAUAUCGAUAUAAUGGAAGACCAAGCUUCAACAACAGAUAAGGACAUGAUGAUAGCGGAUGACUUUCCAGAGCCAUCAAACGCAGUGGACCAUGACCUGGAGGGUGCUCGCGAUGCAGAUAUGACCGACGAUAUAGCGGAGCGGACAAUGGAUGAUGCGGAAGACGCUUUCGCUGACGAAGGAUACAAUAUCGAAAUGCAGUACGGGUCCGAUCGGGAUUAUGAAGCAGAGAUGUUAGAAGACGACUACGACGAAGAUAUCGAUGCUCCGGUCACAGACGUCGACGUCCAACCUUCAUCUGAACAACUUAGCAAGCCAAUGGAACAGGACCAAGGUCUAAUUGAUGGCAUCACCGCUGUAGACGGACAAAAGGAACCACGCAAGGAAUUCCACGAGGAGCAUCAAGAGCAUCCUGAGGAGCAACCUCAAGAAGAGCCUCAAGGACAACCUCAAGAAGAGCCUCAAGCAGAGCCCCUAGCAGAGCCUCAAGGACAAUCUCAGAAAGAGCUUCAAGGCGAGCCUCAUGAGGUAUUUGAAGCCGAGCAUCAUGCCGAACAGGAAGCCGAUGUUCUCCCGGGGCACCAUGCUGAGACUCGCGCAGAAUCGGAGCAUCUUCAAGAGCCUGCGGCAUCUCUUGAAGAAGGAGAGGUUGAGGAAGGCUAUGCUGAUGCUAAUGAAGCAGAAUAUGAGACUGCAGAUCCCACACAACCCGAUGAGCAGGGCGACAAUGCUACACAACCGGCGCAGUCCCAAGUACACGAAAGCCAUUUCGACGAGACUGACUUCUCUGCAAGUAAGGCUGAAGGAGAAACACAGGAAGAAGAGGAGGUUGAAACUAUAGAACGGCAGUAUGAAGAAGGGGAACGCCAAGAGGGCGGAACGAUCGAGACCAAGGGUACGGAAAAGCCAGACAACGAUGCAGCAGCUGGUCACGAUACUCAGCAACCGGUUGAGCAAACAGUGGAGGUGACAGAGCACGAAGCUCUGUACUCAGUUAAGGUAUAUUACCAGGAAACUGAGAUAUCUCUUUUUCCUCCUAGGGAGGGCGAUUCCUCGGAGACAUUUUUCCUGAAAGAUGAAAGUCUUGCAUAUGGUUCUUUCGCAAAACUCCUUGAAGCAUGUCGAGAUGUCCUCAGAGAGCAUAUCAGCGAUAGGGAGGUGCUCGUUAUGGACGUUGAUGCCUUAAAUCUUCAGCUUGCAGAGGACUGUAUGCAUAUGGACAAUAUCACGUUACUCCAAGUAGUUGACCUCUAUUUGCGCUUAUGCCACAACGAGGGCAUUGAUGAGCCGGAGCCUCUUUAUCUUUCACUUAGCACACGACUGACACUCUCUGCGGAGCUUUCUGAUCUUCUCGCAGCAGCCAACGAAGGAAAGGGCCUUACUGAUAUUCAUGUCUGGGAUAGUUACGCAGAGGCCGAAGCUGUCUCCGCGGAACUAUAUGAGGACCUUGACGAGGUACCUUACUCUGGCUUGCCGCAAGAAGAAGACUACCCUAAACCUGAUGAUGACAAACAAGUUGGUACAGGGCUUCUUCAAGAAGUCUCUAGUCAUCAACAAGAUCAUGAAGAGCAUCAUGGUGAAGAGAGUAUUGAAAAUAAUUCUCGAGCGGAAGUUGAAAUUUCAGCUAAUGGUCGCGAAGUCGAUGCAUUUAGAGAAGGCCUCGCUGAUCAGGCCGGCGAAGCUGAGUUUGAGGUUGAGACUGGAGGCCAUGCAGCUAUCUCUCAACACCCGGAUGAAGCAUCAUAUCAUUCUGAGGAGCAAAGCGAAUCAAGUGCCACGGUUACCCAGCUACCACCGACAGAGAGUGUGGAUGAGCAGCAGGCAGGUGGCGGGUCCACUGGUGUCACAGACCAUCAGCUUGAUGAGACUCAAUAUGAGUAUAACGACAUAGAUGGUACGGAACUUGAAGGCAUCGACUCUUUGAACGAAGUUGACCAAUCUGAACCUGGUGAAAUCGUCGAAGCAGCUCCUGUCGGUCCUUACGAAGCUACCUCCGAUUUUGAGACACAAGGAACUCAUCAAGUACAGAUUUCUAGUGUGCAAGAAAACUCUCAGUCUUCUGAUAAGAAGUCCAUUGCAGCCUCCCAAGAUCAUUUUCAUGUUGAUGGCGCGGCAUUGCAUGAUGGCGAUGAUGAUGAUGAUGCUGCUGCUGCUGCUGCUCCUCACCCCGAAGGUACAGAAGUUGUUGAGUUGGACGAAAGUUUCGAAGACGAAACGAACAACAAAUUUUAUCCAAGUAUGAAUUCAGCAGAUGAUUCCCUGGGUGUUGCGGAUAAUUUGCCAAGCGAAGGUCCCAAGAACGACGCCGAAGAAGUCGCCCAUGCAGAUGAGUUCGAAGAUCUCGGAAAUCUCGAUAAUGAAGCCGAACAAAGUCCGCUUUUGACCGCCAGCCAUGACAACGAGGAUGGCUUGGAUUUCGAUGAUGAUUAUCUCGAUCUGGAGUUUCAUGAAGAUGCAGACGCAAUCGCGAAUGAAGCUCCUACCAAAGCCCACACUCAUCCCUCCACUAAACGACACCGUGAACCGGAAGACGAAGUUGAGUUGAUUGAGACGCCCUCGCCUGACGCCAAACGAUCCCGAUCCUCAUAGAACUGUCACUUGCCCACUUACUCAUUCGCCAUAUCUCUGAAGAUCUCUUAUCGACCCCAUUCACCGCGCGCUUCGUCGCCGAUUCUGGGCUUUUCUCAUCUUUACAAUCUAACCACUCCAGCGAGCUGUGCUGAUCUUA